AUUAACGAUAAAGUGUCAUAUAAAACUGAGUGUCAGGUGUCGAGUGCAUAUCACCUGCACCAUGGCACCCAUAUACCUAAUCAUCGGCUUAGUAAUCCAGGGUUCAUUAAUAUACGCAGAAACUGAAGAAACAGAAUUACCCGAAGGAAGAGAGAUCUUAAACGUGAAACCCGAAGACGAUGAAGUUAUUAAAGAUUAUAAAGAAGCACCCAAAGAUUGGAUGGACUUGCUUAUGCUUCCUGAUAACAAGUUGUAUCCCACUUCUGCCGCUGCCAUGAUGGCUCAAGCAACAGAUUCUGGCAAACCCAUCGAAGAACAAAUGGAAGAUAUCAAAGAAAUAGCCAACAAAAUUUCUGAAGCCAUUGAGAGUGAACUGGCUAACCUACUUUCGUAUGCCAUAGCCGCCACAGAAAACGAAAAAAAAGCCGACGAAACAAAAGAACGUAGAAGAAGAUCAGCCGAAAGCCCUCUCGACAGCACCCAAUUAGUCAUGAGAUUGUUAAAACAUAUCAAAUCUACUAAUGAAUACCAAAACAUCGCUAUUGAGAAAAUGAUGUCUGCUCAGGAAAUCGCUGAUAAGUUCGGCAUAGAAUUCACCCCGGACACGGAAAUCCUAACAGACCUUGCAGUAGCUGCAAAUGAGCAUGCUAAAGAAUUGACUGAAAUGUUGAACGAAGCCUGCGACUUGAACAACAAAACUUGCUCAAGAACGGAUAAAGUAAAUCUGGAUAAAUAUGAUGGAACUCUAUUGGACAACAACACACAGUACAUUUACGCUACCCACUACCUAGAUGAUGAUUAUGACGACAUGCCUCAUCCAGUUUACAAAGCACAGUCUUCACACCAUGCUCAUUACGAAACUCAGAUACCAGCUCCUCCUGUAGACCAUUAUUGUAGCCAGAAACCGAGCUUCUACGAUGCAGUAUCUUAUACUCCAGACUACUAUUCUCAUUGUUCGGUAGAGCCAACUACCUCAAUGUUUUCUCCGUUGGAAGAAUUUGAGCCUGAACCAGAGCUGGUGGCUGAAGAGUUUGAAGAGACAACAUCGAAUAGAUUCAUUGUGGAACGCGGCGACGAGCCUGGCUCCGCAACAGUAAACCACAUUAUGACAUAUUCGAUAUCGGAGAAAUCCCACUUCAGAACACCGCAAAUUGAAAGACUGCCGCAACAAAUGCAAUAUUACUUUUAUUUGAUAUAAUUAGUUUGUGAUAUUCAAAUGUAGUAUAGAAUAGUGUUUGUAAAUAAAAUUUAAUAAUAUUGAUUACGUUAAUAAAGUAAGUAAUCGAAAAUGGUU